AUGUCAGAGCCAGAUCUCCACCGCGCUAUAUCCAUGAAACCCCACCCCUUCCAUACACAUCCCGACCGCAUCGAACGCACAUCAAGUCCCCACCACCACGUCCACCUCAAUGCCAGUGGCAGCAGCAGCACGCAACCCACACACGGUCAUGCAGACUCGACAAUCCGCAAAAAUGAUGCUAGCAGUACCGCCGUUGAAACCACGGCUCCUACCACUGACCGCGACCCUGUAGCUCGCCACGUCCCCGUACGCCACAGCAGCUACCACGAAGACAUCGAAUCACAAUCCCCGCCCUCCUAUACUCCUGACAACGAUCCAUACUCGCUGUCGUCAGCUAUAAAACCAGAAUCCGAGCUCGCCCUGAUCCGUGCCAACACGUCGCGUAAACGCGAUGGCUGUGGCCCCAUCACCCUCAAUACAAAAGCCCGCAGUGCAAAGAAGCUGGAAGAGUUCUACUCGGCGCAAAACGAAAACAUCGAGAGGUUACUCAAACCUGUAGCCGAACACCGUGCCGCCGCAAAAGAUGAAGACACGGCCAACCAUCUCAAGUACAAAAUCGCCGUCAUCGGUUCCUUCGCCGCGAACAUCAUACUAGCCGUGUUGCAACUCUACGCUGCAGUCUCAUCGGGUUCGCUGUCGCUGUUCACGACCAUGGCGGAUUCGCUCUUCGACCCCCUCUCCAACCUCACGUUAAUCAUGUGCAACCGCGCUGUCGCACGCGUCGAUGCAAGGAAAUUCCCCUCAGGGAAAGCAAGGAUUGAGACCGCUGGCAACCUUUGUUUCUGCGCGCUUAUGAUUACCGUUUCGGUGGUUAUCAUUGUGGAAUCUAUUCGUACGGUCGCUGAACAUUCUGGACCUGAAACCAACGACUUCUUUCUACCCAGCGUAAUCGCUGUCAGCAUUGCUUUUGCGACAAAAUUCUCCUUAUUCUUGUACUGCUGGGCUCUUCGGAACAAGUACUCCCAAGUCCGAAUUCUAUGGGAAGACCACCGUAACGACCUUUUCAUUAAUGGCUUCGGUGUCUUGACGUCUGUCGGUGGAUCAAAGCUGAAAUGGUGGUUGGAUCCCAUGGGCGCGAUGAUACUAUCCGUCCUGAUCAUCUUCCUUUGGUCGAGAACAGCAUACUCGGAGUUCCAACUUCUGAUCGGCGUCACGGCUGAUACAGCCAUGUUGCAGCACAUCACCUACAUCUGUAAGUCUUUUCCGUCCUUUUAUGCCCCACCAAUCCAUCCAGGAGGCGCCAGCCUUGCCAUUCUCCUAGCACUCGCUAACGCUCAUACCAUAGCGAUGACACAUUCCCCCACCAUCCUCCAAAUAGACACCGUACGCGCCUACCACUCUGGUCCCCGCCUCAUCGUCGAAGUAGACAUCGUCAUGGAUCCUGAAGCUACGUUGCGUGCUACACAUGAUGUGGCUGAGGAACUUCAGAUUAAGUUGGAGAGUCUGCCCGAUGUGGAGAGAGCGUAUGUUCAUGUGGACUAUGAGACGGAUCAUCGGCCGGAGCACUUUUUGAAGAAGGAGCUGUGA